AACUCUCACAGUAACAGUGCUACCACAGUGCGCACGCGUUCUUUCAGUACUGCAUUCUGGGUAAAAAUGUGUCUCGGAAAAAGCUUGAAGAGCGCAUGCGUGUCGCGGCUCCUUCCUUUUGCCUCCUAGGACUUCUAGAAGCAACAUGGGUCACCAGCAACUGUACUGGAGCCACCCGAGGAAAUUCGGCCAGGGCUCUCGUUCCUGCCGCGUUUGCUCAAACCGACACGGUCUGAUUCGAAAAUACGGUCUGAACAUGUGCCGCCAGUGUUUCCGCCAGUACGCGAAGGAUAUCGGCUUCAUCAAGUUGGAUUAACUGAUCUUCGCUGGAUUAUCCAGGACAUCUGCUCAGUGAAGGAAACCAUGCAAACUCUCUGUACAUAAAAUAAAAAAUUUAAAAGUU